GAUGCGUGAAGUUGUGAUUUGUUUGUGAAUUACCUGUUAUUUGUGCAAAUUUGUUUAUGAAAACUUGUGUACAUUUUAAGCUUAUAGUUCCAUUGUUUUGUGUAGUGGUUUCUCACUUAUAACUAAGAAGAUUCGCAUUUGGCGAACUGAUAGUAAAAAUUUGCAGUAUCCGUGUUUUUAUCGAACGUAAACUAUUUUUGUGUUAAAUCGUACAAAGAGAAUUGUGCAAACAAAAGUGAGAUUUGUGAUUUCGUUUAGUGCAGAAGGGCUACAUAACGUUACUUUACGGCGCAAACAUUUCUUAAUAAUUUUUUACGUACGUAAAAAAGUGCAUCGGGUGAUGGACUGGUGUAUCUUAGAUCACGGGAAAUGUUUUAAAUUGAGCAGUGCUGUGAAUGCUUAAAAGUGAAAAGUUAAUUGUGGAAUGUGAAUGCAAGGUAUUACUUCAGGAUGCACUGUGAGAUAACUCAAACAAAAGUAAAAUUGUAUGGUGCGGAUGACAACACAGCUAUCAGUAGAUCUUUGUUGACAAAUGGUGAUCGCAAAGUGCCGUGAUCUUCAAAAUAAUUCCCUCAUGGAAUAAGAGCUUGCGUUAAUAGAUGAACGCGACUGCAAAUAAAAAAAUUUCAUGGAAACCAUAGUAAAUCUGAAUUGAUAAAUAAAAUAAAAUGAAGAACGAUAUAUGUACCUUAAGUUGAUUACGAAUACUUCUCAGGAAUGAAAGUAUUCUCAAAGGAAGGCUUAUAACUUCCAUUGCCAGUUGAUAUAUGUACAUAAUAUGUACGAGUACAUACAGAAGAAAGAAGUUAUAGUGCAGUGCAUAAGAAAAAUUUUAUAUUCUGGAACAGACUACCAUACAAUAGUGCUAAGGAGAAUAAUAUAUGCAACAUUGGUCAUACCACAUUAUGGCCUUGCUGAAUAAAUUAUUUUUUCCAACGCCAAGUACAUCGUCCAUGUCAACAACUGCAUCUACAUCUGCUCCAGCAUCAACAUUGCGAAAAGUAUCAUCGACACAGGGAAAAACAUUAGAUCAAGAACAUUCCCGAAAUCCCGAAAUAAUUAGCAGUGGAGUGACAGCAACAGCAAGUCGAUGGGCUCAGAACAACCAUCAACCGGUGCACUCAAAGAAUUACUUAAGUCAAUUCCCAUUUGAUGGCCGACAGGUGCGAGUCCUGCUCUAUCGCGAAUGCGACAAGACUGGCCGCAAACUGUUAUUCGACUCCAAUGCGCUGCAAAAAGUGCCAUUGAAGGAAACAAAUGGCAAUGUUGACAGAUCUGGAAGCGGUCGUUUUACACGCCUCAGUGAAUACACAACGAACAAUCGCAACCGGAAUGGGAAUACAAGUAGUGGUAAAUCUCAAGCAUAUAAGACACAUUCCAUUAAUAGUUUCAUCGAAGUUUGUGAAGAGUAUGGUUAUAAGCAUAUCCAACCAAACCCUGCAGAAUUCACCAGUAUCGGCGAAAUGGUAUUUGGUGCCUCGGCCAUCUCAUUUCGCGGUACCGCAUUCAAAGUGCAUUGGUUGCAACAGCCACCUCGUAUAUUAUGUUCACAAGUUUUUCUCUCACCUGUACAUCCGAGCAAUGGACAUUCGCCAUACUCCACGAUUUCCACAAAUAGUCUGGCUACACCACGAACUUCCAUCUCCAGCGAACAUGGCUCAAUUGAUGGAUUUUCGUUGAGUUCUUUUUCGAUGCUAGGCUAUUCAAUGAAUUCUGGCCGACAGUUAAGUCUGACUCCUAGUGAUCGCAGUAGCUUUAUGACCACACCACUCGAUGUACCAGAUCAACAGACGUCGUCAACUGCUUCCGAUGGUGGGCGGGCGGAAAGUGGACUGCGUUUUUCCUCAACUUACAGUAAUGCCACCGAUUCGGGAUACGAUGGCAUGAGUCGCAGUCAAAUGUCCAGCGAUCAAUGGUCGGCGUCCUAUCAAUACUCCACACGCAGCAGUCUCGGUUCUGUGAUGUCCGAGCAAAUGGACCUGCUCCAGAAGUUCAGCAUUGAAUCAGCAUAUUUUGCACAUGCAGGCUCAUUUGACGAUGAUACCAGCGAUGGUAGUCUGCAGCGGCGCAUUUCCCGCAAUCUUCGCACUUCGUUUGAGAACGAGCAUGCAAUUAAUGAUUUAAUUGGAUUCAUCAGUGACAACUAUCCAGCAACGACCACGGCCAAUUGUGGCGGGAGCGAGGGUGGAAGCAUGGGUGUGCCGAAUUACAGACGUGCCAGUUACAGUGCGAAUGAAUCGCGAAGCAACCCAGAAAUCGGCCGGCGUCGGGAUACGCUGUCGAGUGGCGGUGGUAAAGCACUACAGCGGCGCGCCAAGCUGGGCUUGGCGGUGUGCAUUACUAUGAGCGAGUCUUUUGAAGAGGAGAUGGAGUUGUUUUGCAGCGAGCACAUAGCUUUACUGGAAUCGAUGUUGGGACGUUUGCGCGCUUGCACUGAACGAGCGUACAUUAAUCAUAAAGAAUUUUAUCAGAUAAUGUUCCAAGCAUGGCUAGAGACGCAACAAUGGUUCAGCGACCUGUUCACUGCACCCCGCAUAAAGUGCCCUAUCUGGCUCAGUAUUACUACAAGUGGCAACAAAUACUCAAAAAGUGUUGCAGAGAAAUUCAUGAAGGAGCUUUGCUGGUUGCUUUCAUUUGCCGACACCAAAGAUACUAAUUUUUUUAUCAGCACAAUGCUGACAGCUAUUCUGACACAUCAUUUGGGUUGGGUUUCUACUAUCUCUGCAUUUAACUCAACUACUUCUCUUGCGGAAUCGUCUACUGCAGCGAUCGAACAGCGCGCCAAACUUCUACAGGUCUCGCAGAAGCAUCCUUACAAUGCUCUGUGGGCUCAAAUGGGUGACCUCUAUGGCGCAAUAGGGCUGCCACCACGACUUACUCGGACAAUUAUUUAUGGUACAGAAAAAUUAGCUGUGGAAAGGCUACUUAAUAUACUUACUUAUUUCAUUCGUUGCGGAGAAGUGCGACGUUCUGCAAAGCGGGAAGACUUCAGUAAAGAAUCAAUUAAUUCACUGGUUCAGCAGCGAAAAAAUGAAGUAUUAAAAAAAUCUAGCAGCGGUGCAUUUUUGAAAAAGGCUGCUUUUGGUAGUAACAUGACGAUCGACUCCAUUAGUGGAAGCGGGUUAAAACGCACAAAGACUUGUAAAGUAAAUUUGAACACCAUAACAGAUAGUGGGGAACUAUCUGAUGAUGUUGUGGGAGAAGAAGAGAAAAGCAGUGAUGAAGAAGAAAUGGAUGGUGCCCAAGUAGUUCGUACGUUAAAAAAAAACGAAAUUCCAAAUGUACUGGCAUUCAGAGAUUCUCGUUUCGUGCAACAGGAGUUGCGUAUUGGUAACUACCUAAUGGACACAGGCAUUGAAAAGAAAUCGUUAGUACAAUUCGCGAAAUCCAAUAAUAUCAACAACAAAUCGUCUGUUGAGAAAGGAGGACGAAUACGCGUUCUGGUCACCACUCCUGAUAAUGAAGAGAUGCCAAUAGAAGACGAAAGUUCAUUGGGCGGUGGGAGUACAAGUGAAGAAGGUGCAGUAGAAGCGAUAGAAAUUGAUUCUGAUAGUGAAAGAAAUCUUACUUAUGCAUAUGCGGGUGCAGUCUAUUCAGGAAAGAGACACUUUUUUUGGCAAGUUGUGAAAGAAGGUCUUAGCCUUAGUCAACUGCAACGUGAAGAGAAGUUAAAUGAUGAGACUGAUGAGCGUGAAUGCGGUCAAUUGCAGCGACAACCUGACGUUGAUGGGGCGAUAUCAAAUCUAUCGCUUUCGGAUCUGAUUACGCAGAACAGUAUGGGAAAGAGUGACCGCAUGACUUGGGGUAUAGAACCACGGCGUGAAAAUGUUAGUCUGGAGGAGCAGAUUCACUUUGACAAUUGUCAGAGGAAACAUGAGCACGGUAGCGGGGGAGUAGUAUUUAUGUUAGGUGAAAAUGAGCCGCUCGUCAAUCUUAAGAGGAGCAACGAAGAUCUCACUACAGUGGCUGACAAACAAGCGGCAAAAAUAGAAAAUGCUGAUGACAGUAGUACACAACAGCUUUGCCCGCUACAUCAACGCACACACGGACCAACAUCAAAACGGCAUUCUGGUGUAAAAUUCAACUUUGAACAAUUCCCUCAAAUUGCCACUAACUACAUGAAGAGCAAAAAUUUGGUAUUAUCCAACUAUGACUUGUUGAUGGACAAGAGUGCAAAAUUCGAAGCACAGAACGGGGUUCCAACUUUAGAAAGUCUAACUUCAGAGUCUUCUGCAUCUGCUUCGACAGCUAACGCCAGCACUACAACGAUUAGUUCUACGGAGUGCAUGGUAUGCAACAGCAUACUGAACUCCUAUCAAACCCCUUCCAACGCAACUGAAUUGGAAUUCGAAACAGACGAAAUACGCUCACCGUAUUCCCCGCAAUCUGUAAGUAAGAUUAUAAAAGGAACAACGGCACCCGAUGUCUCGACUAGUUCACGUACCCUACAGUCUGUCAGCUCAGCUGCUUCGAUUGAUACACUGAAAUCUUCAUCUGCACUUAAUUUUACUGAAGUGGAUGCCUGUGAGCGAAUAGCAGUAACUUCGCCUUCUCCUCCACCUCGGCAGAAGACUUACAAUGCAAACAUGCGCAAAGCUUGCUCGCAUCGCGGUUCUAUCUCAUCAGUCGCGGCAAAGUGUGCGGCUCUCAAUGAGGCAAUACAUUUGUUGAAACUACCAGUGCCCGCAAUAAAAGAAAUACCACAAGAGGAUGAACCAAGUACGGGAGAUGGUAUGAAGCUGCGCGCCGGUUUCGUGCCCUCGCUUUUUCUUAGUGUCAGCGAUCACUACGUAUCUGAUAUGGUAUUACAGGGUACUUGUGCACCACCAGACAAAUGGCAAACGUCACUGCGCGAGGAUUUGGCUUUGUCGGCACGUGCUGCAUCCCUUAUUUCAUUACCCGCUGAGAAUGUGGCAAUUGUAGCAAACAUGGAAAAGUGGGAUGUGCGAUUGAUCUCAUCACAGCUGCAACAUUUCCCAUACGCGGGCGAACAAAGUACGCCAGUAGGGAUGUCACAAUUGGUUUCCAGCAUGUUGGAAACCGUUCAUGCCAUGAACAGCGCUGGUAUUCCAGCCUAUGAGUGUUUGGCCUUUCUUGAAUCAAAGAUGCAAGAAAUCUACCUGCAAUCAGAAUCGUUGGCGGCUUUCCUGCUCGAAACAGAAUUUUGCCAAUUAAGCACUGUGACAACUGCACUAAAUCUUAGUGAAAAUGAUGUACCGUUAUUAUUAUCAAUUGCCUCGGUACAUACACCUCAAAUCGCUAAAAAAUGUGGGAUUAGCUUUAGAUGACAAGCUGUCAUUUAACUAUCCUUGCUUGUUUGAUGUGGUGGAUUGCUUUAUCACUAUUAAAUAAUCGAGCGAAUUUUCGUACUUUCCUGAAAUUCUUCUUCGUUUAUCAGUUACAAGAUAAAUGGUUUGAUCUUGAAAUGUGUUUAUCAGAUAUAAAUUAGCAGAAUUAAUACUACAAUGGAAAUACUAUUUAUAAAAAUUUUACAUUCACACAUUUUCUAAUGAUCGGUAGAUUAUAAAUUACGAUAAAUUUCAAUAUAACAUGCCACACCUUCAAUAGUAAAGCAAAUACAUUCAACAUUUUGUUUUCGUAAAGUUCCACAAUUAAGUUUACUGAUUUGGCAUGGCAUAAUUAAAUAAUUAAUUUUGAAAAAAUACGCCAAGUCAAUCCAAAUAAGUUCGUAGAUUAGGUAGAUAUACAUUAUUUAUGAUUCGAAUAAAUUUUAAGUUCACACUUAUAAAAACCGUUCUACCAAAAUAAUAGUACAAACCUGCUCCGCUUUCAUUGAAAUACUGUCAAGUUAUUUGACUUUAUGACAAAAUCUCAGAAAACGUAAACUUCGAGCUAAUUCGUUUAACUAUUAAAGGUGCGAUACAUGUUUACGUAUGCAAAUGUAUACUUUUUAUUAAAUUAUGCUCAAUACUGAUAAUAUAUAUUUAUAAUUGCUACUGUCGAUACUAGUAAAAUUAUGUUGUAAACACAAUGGCCUCUUUUAAAAAUUUAAUUAUUACGAAUGACGAAUUUUAAGUCAAUGCAUAAUAUUCAAUAGAUUUUACUUACAGGUAUAAUAUAGGUAUGUACAUAUGUAUAUAGAAAAAUGUGACAUCCUUCAUAGAAUAGAUUAAUAGUUUUCAUAAAAUAAUGCUAUUUUUCAAGGCUCUUAAUAAUAAUAUAAAAGUGCGAAUAUGAAUUUAGUACGAAUAAUCAUAUAUAUUAUUGUAACAUAUAGAUAUGUAUAUUUAUAAAAAAAUAAGCUA